AAGUAACUAAUUUGAAGCGAAGAAGAAGAACUGGUGGGAAAUUUGACAAUGCGCGAAACAGAGUUGGCGAAAACUUCCCGUCAUUUCAGUCUGGGGGAAGCAUUUUACGUGAAUUUACUUAUUUAACCAGAGAUGGACCGGUACGUUUUGGUUGUGUGUUUUUGCCAAAGUGAUGACGACCUACUACAUGAUAAUAAAUGUCUGGGGCCAGUAAAGCAGAUAUAUGACAAACUUGUGGACAUCUCAACUCAGGAAUCAGGGAGAGGGAUCUCUGUGUUUCCAGCUUGUUCUCUCAGUGGAAGCCCAGCUGUUCAGAGAUGCUACUUUGCUGUUCAGGCUUAUCAGGGAAUAACACAGUUCUGCAGCUCUGAGUGGGAAGAACUGGGGACAAGCCAUCAGAAGACUGACAGUGAGGAGGAGAUGUCCUCCACUUUGGACUCAUGUUUCAGCUGUUUGAGUAAUCAGGAAGCAUCAGACCAAAAGGUUGAUGAAGCAGCACUGGCAGAGCUGAUAGAGGAGGCUGCAGAGGGACUGCAUCUGCUGUCAGACAAACUCCCACCUCCAGGUAAAGCUCUACUGGAUGUGCUGGUGUUGGGCUAUACCGCACAGUCUCCUCCAACAAAAGACCUGCUCCCUCUGCUGGGAGCCCUCAAACACCUGGCCUGUUGGCAUGCUGCUCGGAUCAGUGUAGUCACAGAGCACACUACCGGCUGGCAGAAAGCUGCAUCCUACCUGAGUGCUGGGCUGGUGGCACCUGCAGAGUUGGACAGCUGUAUUGACCACAGAGAAAUGUGGAGGGGAGGCUUGGUUAUUAGAGAGAAAAAGUAUGCAUCGGAGCUUCGUUUUGAUGGUUUUUCUUUACGAUCUCCACUACAUCCGACAUCAGGGUCCAGUUUACUGCAGGCACCCUUCACCACUACAGACCACAGUCUAAACACAGAGGUCUUCCAUUACUAUGCCCCAGUUUUAGACCUGGUUCAACUGGUUAUCGUGUCGGACCUUCCCAGCUUCAUAAUGUCCAGCACUGAGCUUGAACUAGGCCUGUCAGGAAAGUCUGUAAAAGCUAAACUGCUGCUGGAGCAGUUAAGGUCACUGCGGGGAAAGGUUGGAGCUUUGUUUAGCCUUUCCUGUGUAAUCACUCCCAUAGCCCAACCUGCUGUGAGCCAGCUCAGCUCUCAGCGCUGGAGAGAGUUGCUAGCCAUGAGACCAAAGUCAUUACCCGUGCCUGACGUAGAGCUGAAAGGUGAGAACGCUCACUACUUCCUGCUGGUUCAGGGCUCAGAUGAUGACACCGCAGCCUGUAGGGUCAGAGUGUUGCAUUCUGACUCCCAAAUUAACGGAGCAGCUGCCAUGGCAACAGCCUCCGGGUUGCUGAGGGAGGCGUGUCUGUCAUCAUCAGGAGGAGCUCUAAGUGAGUCUAUCUGCCUCCUGCCCUGUAUCCAAGGAGACGGUCUGCUGAAGAGAGAGCAGAAGGUGACCCAGGUUCAGACACUUGUACUCAAUGAAUUUCUCAGGCGAAGAGAAGCAGCAAACUCAAGUCCGUUGCCAGUCACUGACCUGAUGGUCAUUCUCAAUCUGGCCAGAGAGCAAUAUCUGAAGGUGAUUGACUCCACUUUGCCCUCUGCUGCCUCCUGUCUGACAGACAGCCAGGAGAGAGCUGCCUCAGGCAUUCAGACUGUUCCCCAGCAGCUAACUGACUGGCCUGAGAGAAGCGUCCUUCACAACAUAGAAAACCUGCGGAGGAGACGACAGAGGAGGAGAUUCGGGCUGUUAGGUCCAGGCUCCAGUGACAGUCUGUUUGGUCUAAAAGACGGUCUGAAAAACUCUCCUGCUUUGCUGGAUGCCAAGGAACUUCUGAAACACUUCACAUCUGAUGGCACACCUACUGGGGAGCUACAACCACUUGCCAUCAACCGAGGUAAUAAUGUGUUUCAGCUGUCACCAAACCUGUCACCUGGAAAAGUCACACAAAUGUCCUUCAGCAAGGCCUCAUCCACCCAUUACCACGGCAUACAGUUCUGCCUGGACAACCAGCGUUCCAUGGACCGGGACCAGGCUUUUGUUCGACUCCAGUCUCGUUUGAUUCGUUACGAGACCCAAACCACCUGCUCAAAGGAGCCUUGUGCCCUCCCCUUUGCUCUGAGUCCCGCCCCCUCCCCUGCUGUGAUGUCAGAACCAGGAAGUGUGCCUGACGGGGAGACUCUACAGAAUGCUGAUGUCGCACGACUCAAACGGAGGUCGUGGGAGACAGACAUUAUCGGGGGUUUCCCCCAUAAAAGGCUGGCAAAGUCAGAAAGCAGCGACUCCCUCUGUUCUCAGAGCAGUGGCAGCAGUGGGACGCACCCUGCUAUUAGGUCACUAAGGAGACAGCCCUCUAGAUCUCAGUCCACCAGCGCCACCAUUUCCACAACUUCCUCCUCAGUGGCAAGAGCGGCAUCCUCAGACUUGGUGAACUCCAAACCCCAACAGCAGAAGACACAUAAUGGACAAACAGAAGAACAACCUGCAAAGGAGUCACGCUCCCAGAAACACAACAGAAUGUUGCAGGAAGUGGUAGCUAAAACACUGAAACACCACGGGAUCACUGCUGAGCAUGAAUGCUUUGAGGCCUGCAGCAAAAGACUGUUUGAUAUCUCAAAAUUCUAUCUCAAGGACCUGAAAACAUCUCGCGGCCUGCACGAUGAGAUGAAGAAAGCUGUCAGCAGCAAUGUUAAACAGGUCAUUGACUGGGUGUUAGAGAAGACUGCAAAGAAGUGAAGGUGGACUUAAAGACAAAGAGAAAAUUGUCAUUGUUUUUAGUCCCCAACUCCAGAUUCCACCUGACUUGUUUUUUUUUUUAUUUUUUAAUUUUUCCACGGUUGGUUUUAAAAUCGUUGCAUUAAGCUUCUUUUAAUGACCUUAAUCCUUUAUUUAAUUUUAUUUGUUAAUCUCCCAAUUUCAGAUGUAUUAUGUUUGAGCUGUUGAGAGUUAUUUGAGCUUUUGUUUAUGUGCAGUUGUGUACACAGCUACCCCAAAAUAUUCCCAAAUGUGUCAGAGCCUCGAAAACAGAAAAACACUUUUGGACAAUCUGCUCCAGCCACCAGGGCUUAGAUGAUGACAGACUGGAGUUGUCAUUUCCUUGUGGCCGUUUUCAAACAUGGUUUUAAAUCCUCUUCCUCUUGUUUAUUUUCUCUCUAAGUACAAUCAUAAUUUUAAUACUUUGUGAUUUUAUCUUUGCUUUUCACUUUUUGCAACACAAUAAAGUGUUUUUACUUUAACAAU